UAUAAAUACAUGGUAUAUAAUGCCUUUGAUUGCAAAACAUUCACAUAAUAUUCAGUGGUAAAGUUUUGGUAUUCCUCAGAUAUAAAUGGAUGAAACUAAAUAGAGAAGCUAGGAUUGUGUAUGUUUUUGCAAAAGACAACCUCUCACGGCAUAACAAACUAAUAGGUUAAGCAGUAAGUAAAGAAUUAGAAGCAUCUCUAUACAAAAGACAAUUGACCUAGAAUUUAAGAUAAGUUUGCCACUCCUUAUCUCCCUAGAAAAUUUCCACACAGAUUCUGCUAAAGCAACAACACAAAAAGGUGAUUUUUGAACCACAACUUAUAAUUGAGCAUUUUCUUUCUUCGGUUUCCUUCCUACAGAGUUUAGAUGGAUCUAACUUUCGUAGCUACUGGGUCUAAAACUUUGCCAUGAAAGAGCAUGUGCAUCUGUGGAUGGGAUUUCGUUAUAAUUAUUUAAAGUAGAUCUCUACAUUUGCUUCUGAUAGAAAUCAGCCACACCAUACCCUGUUAUAAUGACUUUAAACUUAUCUCUGCAUUUGCUUCUAAUAGAAAUUACCCUCAUCAUCCUGCACGUGGUCAUCAUUUUUGGGUAGCGUUUCAAAUCCUUGUUGCACAAACAAUUUGCACCGAUCUUUGUGAUUGAACUUCACAAUGACAGUAGUUGCUACUAUUUUUCUUCUUUUGUACUAAAGGCAGCCACAUAAGACCGUGUAGAGAGCACAGAUAAACAUGUUGAACGCCUCUCCAAAUAAUCAGGAACUAGAGAAGUUGUCAGGAUAUGAUUACGAAGUAUUUUUGAGCUUCAGAGGACCAGAUACCCGUAAUGACAUUACUGAUUACCUUCACACCAGCAUGAUUGACGCUGGGAUUCGGGCAUAUAAAGAUGAUGAAGAGCUGCGUAUUGGGGAAGAGAUCAGCAGCCAGCUUCUCCAAGCGAUUGAGCAGUCCAAGAUCUCAAUACCAAUCUUUUCCAAAGGAUAUGCAGACAGUACAUGGUGCCUUAGGGAAUUGGUCAAGAUGGUGGAGAGCAAGAACACAAGGAGACAUAAGAUCAUGCCUAUUUUCUACGAUGUUGCACCAUCCGUAGUAAAAUACCAGACUGAUCACUACGGCAAUGCCAUUGUUUCUCAUGCAAACAAGAAGUGGUUGGAUAAUGAGACUAUUGACAGUUGGAGGGCUGCUCUCAAUGAGGUUGGAGAACUAAAUGGAUGGGACUUUCAAAGCAUGCCAAACAGAGGCAAAGGUGAAUUUGUGAAAGAAGUUGUCAAUAAUGUUUUGACUGAGUUGAAAACCGCAUACUUGGAAGUAUCUGAUUGCUUAGUCGAAGUAGAUAAUCAUGUGGAUGAAAUCAUGAGGAUGAUAUGUACGCAUGAUCAUGAAACAAAGAUCGUUGGAAUCCAUGGUAUCGGUGGCAUGGGAAAGACGACUCUUGCCCAAAUUGUGUACAAUCAACUUUCUAAUGAUUUUCCUAAUUGUUGUUUCCUUUCCAACAUUCGAGAAACGGAAAUUACACGCUUGCAGAAUCAACUCAUCUCGAGCAUUCUUAAAAAAAGAUGGCCUGACAUCAACAAUAUCAUGGAAGGAAAAAAUGUGAUCAAGGAAAGGUUAUGCUCAAAAACCGUGCUUCUUCUACUUGACGAUGUUGACGAAGCAAGUCAACUUGAUGCGCUCGUGCAGAAGCGUGAGUGGUUUGGCAAGGGAAGCAAGAUUAUCAUUACAACUAGAGAUCGGGGAAUCCUCAAUGUGCCUACAGUUGUUGAUUGGACUUAUGAACUCACGGGCAUGGAUUUUGAUAAUUCUCUUCAGCUUUUUAGCAAACAUACCUUUAGAAGAGAUUAUCCCGUAGAGCAAUACAUCUUUCACUCCGAAAGAGCAGUAAAUAUUUGUGGCGGUCUUCCUUUAGCUAUUGAGGUUAUAGGUUCUCUUUUAUCUGGAAAAGGCAUAGAGGAGUGGGAUGCAAUAUUAAAGGAGCUAGAAGAAUUUCCUCAUGAGGGUGUUCAAAGGAAGUUGAUGAUCAGCAUUAAGGCUUUAAACGAAGACCAAAGAAAGAUAUUUCUUGAUGUUGCUUGUUUUUUCAUCGGGAUUGACAAACGAAUUGUGAUUUACAUGUGGGAAAGCUGUAAAUUUCUUCCUCAACAAUCUCUUAACAUCCUCCAGCAAAGAUCUUUGAUAAAGAUUAGAGAAGAUAACAGAUUGUGGAUGCAUGAUUGGUUAAGAGAUAUCGGAAGAAAUCUUAUACAACAAGGAAGCGGUAAGAAACCAGAGAAGCAACAAUGGGUGUGGACUCACGCGCAAGCAUUGGAGAUUCUAGAGAAAAUGCAGAUAGGAGGUGAUGUUCAUGGAAUUGGAAGUAUCGAAGCAAUAUGUCUCAAGCUUGAUGAAAUAUCUCAAUACUCCUUGAUAAAAGAAUGCCUAGCAAGUCUUUCAAAUCUAAGGUUCCUUCAAGUUGAUAGCAAAGACUUUGAUGGAAGCACAAAACAUCUUGGUACUCAAGUGGGUGGUCUCCUAUGCUACCAGUGCUCAAAUUUUGUUCAAACCACAUUUGGCCCACUUAUCCUUCCGGAGUUGAGAUGGCUUUCAUGGAAUUGCUUUCCUAUGGUUUUUAAGCUGACCAAUAUUUCCAUGAGGAAACUAUUAAUCCUUGAUCUAUCAAUGAGUAAAAUCACGGAAAAAUGGGAUGGAUGGAGCCACAUCAAGUUGGCUAAGAAUUUGAAGGUCCUAAAUCUGACAGGAUGCAAAAACACUACAAAAAAACAGAUGGUUUUUGAGGAGCAGAAACUGCCUGUUUGCAUGUCUGAGAGAAUUGGAUGA